AUGCAUUCUUUGGCUCCAUCGGACCCGGAUCUGAAUCCGGUACGAUCGGAGUUCGGAGACGUGUCGGAUUCGAUUCUGGGCAGAAUCCUCAACUACAAACAACAUCACCGAGCUGCUCAGCUGUUCGCGGUGUCUGACUAUGACAUCAUCACUGAACUGGUACGUUUGGAAUAAAAAUUGAAUUUAUUUAAAUUUUCAAGUUUAAUUAAUAUUGUUUUUCAUAUUUUAGCAUCCAGCAUUGUCCAAGAUCAAAGCCAUCGUAAGUCAAGAUGAUUACUGUCACUCUGUACAGGACCAAAGCGUGGUAGAACUGGUACUGUCGAGGAUUACUGCGGCUAUACGGUAAGUACAAUGAAAACAUAAAAAGAUGUUUUUGACUAAAAAUGACGUUUUUAAUUUGAGUAUAUUUCAGAGAAACGAACUGUAUAGAGACAUAUGCACCAUCCUUGAUCGACCUGUUCGAGACUUGUCUUCUGAAUGCCAAAACUCAAAAGCGACAUCAGAAUGCUCACGAGAAACUGGCUGGAGAGCUGAUGAGCACAUUGUUUUUGGUAAAUUUAAUAUUUUUUUGAUUUUUUUAUUUCAAAAUUUUUUAUUAUGAUUUAUUUUUAAUUUACUUUGAGCGGAGACGGAGGUAAGUGAACGAUGAAAUAAAAAAUUUUCAAAUUUGAUUAAUUUACAAAUUUAACUUUGUUUUUCAGUACCACAGUAAGCAGUCAGUGAUGACAGUAACCAUUCCGAGUACGAUCGAAGCCUUGGACAGUAAAAACGUGGAGUUGGUCAGAAAUGCGACCAGUUAUCUCUCGCUCGGUGCUGUUCACAAUGGUCGUAUCUUGGCUCAGUACGCGGUUAGGAUCAUCUCCAAGGUUUUGAAAGGUAACAUACGACACUAUGGUACUUUUAAGUUUUGCUAAUUGACUCUGAUUUUCUAUAAGUAUUCAUUGUGAUAGACCUGUUUUAGUUGUGAUAAAGUUGCUUCAAAUUCAUAUUGUUUUAGGUAACCAUCCUUUGGUACGAGUACUGCCACAGAUCUACCCCGAGAACAAAGAACCUUUCCAUGCCCACUUAUCUCAACUACUCGAAUUACUUUACAAUGUUAAUACCGACCAGUCGGAACAACUCUCUCUUCUGCAAUUGAUUUCAAUGAUUGCCGGCUUUAAACCUGAUGUGAGUUUCCUAUCUUUAUAUAUACAUGGUGUAGGCAGGGCCGGGCGGGGACUUUUGGUCUGGGGGCGGGGGUCCAAAAAAUCGGCACAGGUAGUGCCGAUUUUUUGCGAAAAUUUUUUUCCGAAAAUCCACAGGGGGGACCACGUUCAACUUUUUUCAAAAUUUUUUUUCUGGGGGGGGAGGGGGGUACCCCCCCGUUCCCCCCCCUCGCGCCCGGCCCUGUUUGUGGGUAUAAAGAGUUGGGGCAAAGACAGAAUUUUUUAUGUUCGAAUUAAGUUUUAACUUCCAGAAAAUGUUGUUAUAACACGUAUUGUAGUAGUCGUAUAUGUUGUAGUAGUUGUUGUAUAUUAAUAUGUUGUUAUAGCUGAUUGUUCCUCACCUGAGCGAGUUCGACGACUUCCUUCUCAACCCGAACACUUGCUCCUCAGCUCUAGUCAUCUUCGUAUCUUUAAUCAGUUGUGGUCGUGUUGGCUGUAUCACCGGCCAACUGGUACCACUCCGACGUGCAGUACAACAACAUGGAAUCUCGCAACAUAACUUAUUGACAAUUGCCAAGAUAUUAUCAGUCGUGGCACGGUCCAAUCAACAGAUGGCCUCCGUGGCCACACAAGACGUAAUCAGCAUCAUGGGCAAGUUAAGUGCCAGCAAUCUGCCUACUGUAUUCAAGGAACUGGAAGGUUGGUUUCUAAUUUCAUUGAUAAAUGUCAAAAAAUGUCUAAAAUGCAAAGUUUUUGAUUAAAAGUUAUCAUUAGAAGAUGAUAAAUCCAUUUUAAAAAGUUGCUACAUUUUAAAAGUUUACUGUAACAAGUACUUAUGGAAUGACAAGACUAAUUAUGCCUUUUCUGCAGAAAUAGCCAAAGUAUAUCCGUCCGCAGUAUCAGCCUCAACAGCUCAAAUGAGGGAAUUUGUAAACUCUAAUCCCUCGCUCUUGAGUGUCUACAGUAGGAUUCAGACUUCUACCGCGUAAGUCUUCUUCCAAGAACCAUAUAAACCAUAUUAACCCUAGUUACAUCCAGUUUUGUGCUUAAACCAUAUUCAGUUUUCGUUUUCUUUGAAGUUUGUAAUGACUUUCCAUGUGAUACGUUAGUUGUCAUUUUAUUUUUUUAGUAUUUUUCUGUUAAAAUUUUAAACUUUAAAUUUCAAGUAUAAUUUUAAGUUACAAAUGAAUUUUAAAAUUCCAGUAACCUAAUGAAGGAAGAAGAAUGUAAAAGUAUGACAUCAUCGUAUCAUCAUAUCACCCCUCCUCCCUUUUUAUUGCCAAAUGAUCCAGCGCCCAUGAGAGAUCGAGUGUCAGUAGUGACAUUACAGGACGAGAAUGUACAGAAUUUGGACAGGAAUACCCAAACCUUGGCCGAGACUUAUCGCCAAAGGAACAGUGGAACGUCGCUGAGGAAGUCACAGAACAGUAUGACUGGGUAUGGUAGUUUUUUUAAAGUAGGGAGGUUAGAGUGUAACUGUGUUUUGCUGAAAGGUGUAAUAUCUGUCAAAAAAGCGUUUUACUUAUGGCAAAAACUUAUUUUUGCGAAUUUUGAACUUUAAAAACGCAAAAUGUUCCUCCGAACCCUUACUACGCGGAGCGCAUCGUCAGUACCCCAUGCUACACAAUCCGAAGACCUAUUUCCGCACGUAAGAACGGCUACCGUAUUACAGUUGAGUCUACGAAGCAGCUGGGGUGCGAGUGAAGUGAACUUACCUUGAGGAGAGAGGGGGCGCUCUUUUAUUUUAGGCCUGUGAGAGUCAAAAGGAAAAGGACUGGGUUGCAGCCCGCGCCAGACAGCCAGAGAAUACUCUCUCGCUUUCUCUUUCUUUCUCUCGCGUCUCUUAUUUUUCGUUGUCUCUUCUUAGAACGAGGGGAAUUUUUGUUAUGAAAAGGGGGAAUCUUGCUUGAUAAUCAUUUUCUAUAUGAUAACAUUGGCUUUAUUUGUGUGGUUAUUGCAAUUGACGUUGAAAGUAACUGAAAGGAUACCGGAAAAACAUAAUAAUAUGAUUACAAUUUAUAAAAAUUCUUUAAUUUUGUUAAUUUUAUCACUUUAGGUCGCAUUAUCAACCGGAAGAUGGUAAUAAAGAUUAUGAGAGUAUGUCAAAGUCUGCCACCUUACCCCCAACUUUGUUACCUCGAUUACCUGACAACAUAUACGAUGGUAUCCGGAUACGUGAGGAUGGUAGAGUCCGCCCGUUAUCACAUUACAUGAGACCUCGGGGGCAGAUUACUGAUGCCAAAACUACUACUACAUUCCCGGUAUUGGACAAAAGAGGUGAGUUAUCUUGUUUUAGAUUCUGUAAUGUAUAAAAAUUUUGAACCCAAAAGCUUAGAAUAGAUAUUUUUUUAUUAAGUUCUUGUUUAGUAUUUGAGUUUUAUCUCCAGUAUUGUAUUCUGAUUAAUCUUGUGUUGCAGGCCAUUUAAGCGGAUCGUCGGUUCGAAUGGUAGAUGAACAUCAACGUGCCCACCGUGCGUGUUCUUCCGAGACCUUUGUCAAGAAACAAGACGAAGGCAACACGCUGACUCGAGAGGAACGUGGAGAUGUUGUGAAGAAGUUCGUCGAGCAUCGUCGUUCCAAGAUCAAACGCUAUGUGAACGAACUGACAUAUCAAUAUCCGAUACCUAUAAAGUGUACUGUGGAGGGAGUGAAGGGCUCCAAGACCAGAAUGCGGGUCCACUUCUCGUGCCAACUGAUGGGACCUCAUUGCUUGUUCGACAACUUCGAGCAGUUGUUUGUGUUCAAGACCAAGUAUCCUGCCAUCUGGCUUCACCUCAUGUUCCUCCAAGUUCAGGUUGCUCACAUUUACCACACAAACCAAGUGCUGGACCAGGAGUCGGCGGAGUUCAAAACUCUUCAGAACUGCUGGGAGUGUCUGUCGAAGAAUGUCACCAAUUUGAAGCCAUUUGUGACAUUAGUGACGUCAGCCUUUCCUGGCCACAAAGAGCAAUCUCAGAUGCUGAAGGAGCUACAGGAAUCCAGAUUCUUCGAUUCUUUCGUCUACAUUGCCAGUGAACACAAGUGGGCCUGCUUCAGUUGUGCUCAUCCUGACAAGACGAGGUAGGUAAACAGGGAUUGCAUGUUUAAUUUCUAAUAUAGUGUACUUUUGACUAUGUUAUAAACAUAUUUCAGGACGUUGCUGAAAGCUCGCGACCCCAGAAUCCCAAUCCUGGAAGGACAGCUGAAGGAAAAGAAAGGGAAAUGGAAGUUGUUCAACCGAUGGCACACCAAAUACUUUACUCUCUCAAGCGCUGCCUUAAUAAUCUCCAACGAAAACCAAGUAUGUUACCUCUUAUGGACAUUCCUUAUCAUCGUCCGCUAAGAUAAUGUAAAAAUGUAAAAUUUCUUGGCCGAAAUGUGGUUGAAAGACCUAUUUUGGAAUUUUAAAAUAUUUAAAACCUAAAUAAAACUACAGUAUGAGAAUUCAGAAACGCUUACCAUACGCAUCUCCAUCAAUUGAUCUGUGCAAAAUAAAAUCAGUCCGAUCUCUGACCCGCGGCAAGAAAGCGCGGAAAAGUUUGCCUCGGGCAUUCGAAGUCCUAACUGAGGACGACCACUCUUUCGUACUCAAAGUAAGUUGAAUAUGCUUAAUAUACAACAUCGUCCUAGGUUUUAUGUUGUACAGAAGGUAUAUAAACCUUAAACUAUAAACAUAUAAAAUCAAUUUUCCAACUCUUACCUAAAGGUAUAACAUCUGUUUCAGGCAAAGAAUCAGAACAAAGCCGAGGAAUGGUUCCAUUCCAUCCAAAUCGCAGUUGCUCAAGCCCAAAAGACCAGUCGAUAA